AAAUGGGUAUGACUCUUCAGGUGCUGCUACUACUACUGCCACUACUACUACUGAUGCCAGUGUUUCUGGCACUACAACAACACCCUCGUUGGUUAUCCCUGCUAACAGCGAAAGCGCUCCAAAUGAACGGGAAAGCACAAGCCCGGCUACUAGUGAUCACGCACCAGUGAUGAUGGAUAGGCUAUCGGAUAAUUUUUUCCGUUUCGAUAACUUCAUUGAAAAGGACAACUAUGUGGGAAUUGACUGCAUCAGUGUGCUUUUCAACAGAAUGCUCGGAUCGCUUGGGUUGAACCCGAUCCAGGAGUUGAAGUACCCUGCCAUUCAGUGCCCAAGUCUGAACGACUUUAUCACAACAAAGUUUUUGAACAAAUUCCCAUCAAAGACCAAUUUGGACUUACUGAUAUCCAACCAUUUUGAGCAUUUGAACACAAUUCCAAUUCUCGAUGAGGACCUGUUUUUCAAGAUCUAUAAACAAAUGUUCAACAGUAUAGAUAACAAGACUGAGAACUUGGUGAAUCUUUUGCAAAAGCCCGUGAGUGGUGACGAGGAGAAGGAUGAGAGCGAUUGCCUGGUGUUCAUCGCUACAUUGGUGCUAAUAAUCCAGUUGAACUGUUCAAUCUUCAACAUCCACGAGAUCCAUAAAUUGGUGACUUCAAUUAACCUUACGGUGAACAUGACAAUCCCAAAGUUUCAGGUUUUACUACUAUCAUUACAUUUGUUCCAGAAUAAGAAUUGCUAUAAAAAUACCGUGAUAAAUCUUGCAAACGUUGCCCAUGCUGCAGUGCUGAGCUUGGGAUUGCACUUGAACUACAACAACUUGAGACAGUUGAGUAACGAGUACACGAAUACUAAAGAGGAAAAGUUCAGAUUGUAUACAGUAAGAUUGAAGUUAUACUGGAGUUUUUACAUCUUGUCCACAAUGUCUCAAGUACUCUUUGGAUUACCACAUGUUAGUUUCUUUGAGAAGUUCCAGGUGCCAAAGCUCAAUACCAUUGUGAAUGCCAACCAAAACUUGAGAAACACUAUCAAGUUGAUUGAGCUGUUGUCAAAGUUUGAAGACGUAAACUUGUUGAGCAUUGGUGAUAACCCUCAAGUUUUGAAGGACUUUGAUAACUAUUUGCUCCAGUGGAGACAGGGGUGUGGCUUAAACAAUCUGUUCAACACUUUAUCCAGUGAUGAUAUUGAUGAGCAUCGUCACAAGAAGGUGAAGAAGUCCAAGACUUCUUUAUCACAGGAUGAAGUUGUUAAGAUCCAACUCAACCUGUUUUACCUAAUGUUCAGAAUCUCUAUCCAUCUACAGACGUAACUUUCUGAAACUCGUAUUGAUUUCAAUGUUGAGCAUCGUCCAAGUGUCUAGAGACCCAUUAAACAGCACAACCAAGGUGGCCUUUAAGGAUUCAAACAAGCUCAUGUUACAGACGCUCAAGGUUAUCAGAAGAAGAUACCCUGAGAACUUUGUUCU